AUGCAGAACAAGUUCGACGCCAUGGGCUGCACCGUCGCCGCCAUGAGGCUCUUCUCCCACAAGAGCAAGAGGAUACAAACCGAGGCCGUCCGCCUCCUCAUGGUCCUGCUGCAGGGCAAGAACCAGCGCGUUCAGAGCACUGUGGCGAACUUCCUGACCAAGAACAAGACCAACCUCUUCUUCAGCCGCGUCCUCAAGAUCCUGGACUCCACCAUCCGCUCCAUGGAGUACCUCAAGAGGAACUCUGCGUCGAACAAGCUGAAGAGGAUGAAGGGGCUCGACAAGAACGAACACUCUGGCUCCCACACCCCGCACGAGAGCGACAUGGCUGAGUCCGAGUACGGCAAGUCCAGCCUCGCCGUCCUCGUCCUCCGCCUCCUCCAGCUCAUGUGCGACGGGCAGUGCAAGGUCAUCCAGGACCUCGUGUCAAGUCAGCCCGGCAUGCUAAAGUCAUACGACAUCUUGAAGCGAUGCUUCGACUUGUUCGAGGUCGUUCAGCCCCUCCUCCCUGCCGCCCUCUCCUCCAACGACUCCCAGGGCCUCAUCAUCCUCUGCCUCCAGCUCGUCGAGACGAUCACGGAGGCGGUCCAGGGGCCCAACACGAAGAACUUGGCCGUCCUCCUCUCCAGCAAUUUCCUCACGAGCGUCAACCGCGUCCUCGCCUUCUGCAGCUACACCUCCUCGGAGGGGCUGGCGCUGGGGGGAUGGGCGUCGGCUUCGGCGGGCCUGUUCCUGUCUAUCAACGACCUGCGCUGCUGCCUGAAGAUCACCCUGCUGCGAUGUAUCCUCUCCUUCUUCGAGGUUGUGACGGACCUGUCAGUCCCCCGGCAGAUUCGCAACUUCUUCGACCUCAAGAUGUUUGCGGAUCAGAUCGUGGAGAACGGGAAGCUGCUGGGGUUCGUGGACUACCACCGACGUCACAUCAAGUCGAUGAGGUCGCAGCAGAAGCGGAACAAGAACGUGCUGAGCCUGUCGGACAAGGGCUUCUCCAUGGAGGGCAUCGAGUCGCUACUGGAGGAGGAGACGUACUACCUCUACUUCAUCAUGCUCUACCUGCAGGACUUCGACGACACAGGGGACGUGCGCAAGCACGUGCAAGGGCUGAAGCAGGAGUACCCCCGCCUGUACAAGUUCCUCAAGGAGCACACGUCGCACGUGGAGCUGGUGAGAAGGGUGGAGAGCACGGGCAAGUCGUGGGUGGAGAAGGUGUACUUCUCGCUAGAUGACAGCAUCGUGAGCAUGGCGCACAACUCCGACUACAAGGAUAGGAUGACAGAGCUGAUCCGCUCCAUCCCCAACAACGAGACCCACGAGAAGUACGUCUCCUUCAUCCAGCAGCUCAAGUCCAUGCUCAGCCAGCUCGUGUGGUUCGAGGCGGUGGGGAGGUACAGGACGGUCAGGAUCCUGAUCAAGAGGAGAAAGUGGGUCAAGAAGUCAACCCUCUCCCUCUCCAUCCUCAUCACCGUCCUCCUCCUCAUCGUCUACGGCAUCCCCAUUGACCCCAACACAGGCGGAGUCUUCGCCCAGGGCCGCUUCUUCUCUAAGGGGACCCCUCCCGCAGGCUACCAGAACCUCCCCUACCCCUACGCCAAGGACACCACCGACCCCACGGGCCUCGGAUCGACCUACGGGCUGGCCAUGAGCACCAUCGACUACUCGCUCAAGUACAGGCUGCGGCUGGAGAGCAGGUGGGCGUCGGACAAGGAGUGGCUGUUCUGGCCGGCGGGCAAGUCGUUCAUCUACUUCCUCACAGUCGUUCAUCUCCUCCUCACCGUCCUCUACAGCCUCUCCUACUUCAUCCUGGACUUUCCGCUCGAGUGGAUCCACCUGGUCGAGGAGUACAAGAAGGAAUUGAAGGUGAAGCUGAAGGAGAAGAGCUCGUCGACGGAGGAGGAGGAUGCCAACAUGAAGAAAGGCAAGGAGUACCUGCUCCAUCUUCCUCCCGUCCCAAACGUAGUCCUGGAGGAGAAAAUCGGCCUUAUCCUCGUCCUCCGAACCCUCUCCAAGUGCCUCAACGCCUGGUAUUUCAUCGGCCUCACCUCCUUCUCCGUCCUCGGCCUCAUCUCCUCCCCCUUCUUCCAGGUGUUCUGCAUGCUCGACUACUUCCGGCAGCCAGGAGGACGCAUGGUCACCCGCGCCCUCUACGUCGGAGGGCCGGCACUCAUCCGCUCCUUCGCCGUCGGGGUGAUGGUCAUAGCAGUCUACGGCUUCCUAGGGUACGCCUACUACUCGCAGUCGGGGAUCAUCUCCUCCGAGAGCUGCCACAGCCCGUUCCAGUGCGUUGCUGCCUUCAUCGUUCACUCCUUCGGAGGCGACAUCCGCACCGUCCUCGGCCGGUUCGCCGCCUGGGCCUUCCCGUCCAUGGCGGUAUGGGCGGACAUUUGGUACUCGGGGAGGACGCUCUUCAUGAUCACCUUCGUCAUCUUCUGGUCCUUCCUGCUCCAGCCCGUGAUGACAGGUCAGAUCAUCAACGCCUUCAACGAGAUGCGGCAGGCAAAGGACGACAUCCGCAAGUACCUCGAGUCCAAGUGCUUCAUCUCCGGCAUCGACCGGUUCAAGUUCGACGACUUCCCGGGCGAGUGGGAGAAGAGGGAGGCUGGCAAGUACGCCUGGAACUACCUCUUCUUCCUCCGCUGGCUCUCCCUCCACGACCCCCAGGACUACAACAUGAUCCAGUCCAUCGUGUCCAAGUGCUUCGAUAAGGAGAAGCCUGACUUCUUCCCCAACGGCCUCUUCGUCGGCAUCCAGCGUGACGAGCUGGAGGAACAGAACGACGAGACCAAGGACCAGGUCAGAAAUGCCAUGCGAGACCUCAGGGACGAGCUCGGCGAUCAGCGAGAGCUCAUGUCCAAGGCCUCCUCCAGGCUCUCCAAGAUCGAAGAACGCAUCGAGGAGGUGGCAGAGAAGCUCUUCGGAGCUCCGAGCACGCCAGGGGCUCAGGUCCAACCAGCCCCAGCUCAACCACCUUCAACCUUUGUUUUGUAG